GGCGGGCCUGGCCUUGCACAAUGGGCCAUGGAGUUCCCCUUCGAUGUGGACGCGCUGCUCCCGGAGCGGAUCACCGUGCUGGACCAGCACCUGCGGCCCCCGGCCCGCCGACCCGGAACCACAACGCCGGCCCGUGUGGAUCUGCAGCAGCAGAUUAUGACCAUUAUAGAUGAACUGGGCAAGGCCUCUGCCAAGGCUCAGCAUCUUCCUGCUCCCAUCACCAGUGCAUCCAGGAUGCAGAGUAACCGCCAUGUUAUUUAUGUGUUAAAAGACACUUCAGCCCGACCGGCUGGAAAAGGAGCCAUUAUUGGUUUCCUCAAAGUUGGAUACAAGAAGCUCUUUGUACUGGAUGAUCGUGAGGCUCACAAUGAGGUAGAACCACUUUGCAUCCUGGACUUUUACAUCCAUGAGUCACUGCAACGUCAUGGCCAUGGACGAGAACUCUUCCAGUACAUGUUACAGAAGGAACGAGUUGAACCACACCAACUGGCCAUUGACCGACCAUCACCAAAGCUGCUGAAGUUCCUGAACAAGCACUACAACCUGGAGACCACGGUUCCACAGGUGAACAACUUUGUGAUCUUUGAAGGCUUCUUUGCCCAUCAACAUCGGCCCCCUGGUUCCUCUCUGAGGGCAUCUCGACACUCCCGUGCUGCUGCAGUUGACCCCAUGCCCGCUGCUCCAGCAAGGAAGCUGCCACCCAAGAGGGCAGAAGGAGACAUUAAGCCGUACUCCUCCAGUGACCGAGAAUUUUUGAAGGUAGCUGUGGAACCCCCCUGGCCCCUGAAUAGGGCUCCUCGCCGUGCAACACCUCCAGCCCACCCACCCCCACGCUCCAGCAGCCUGGGAAACUCACCAGAUAGGGGGCCUCUGCGCCCCUUUGUGCCGGAGCAGGAGUUACUGCGUUCCUUGCGCCUCUGCCCCCCACAUCCCACUGCCCGCCUCCUUCUGGCCACCGACCCUGGAGGCAGCCCAGUACAGCGCCGCCGUACCAGCUCCCUUCCCCGCUCAGAUGAGAGUCGAUAUUGACAGCUCAUUCCCUACCACCCCUGGGAAACCUAGGGAAGGCAGAAACUCCCCUUCUCUAUUCUCCUGAGAUCCUCCAUUCCACUCCUCCAUUGCAUCUCCCAAGACCCAGUGGGACUUAAUGGAACUCAUAUUCCUUCUACCCCUUUCUUGGACAAAUGGAUUGUUAGGGUUGCAAAUAGCACUGUAUAUUGUAGCUUUUCUUAGCAAAGAAGGCACUCCUGCUUUGCCAGCCUGGACUCUGAACACUAUGUCACAAACAACCCAGUCUGCUGCCAGAACUCCUGGGCUCAUGGCUCCUACGGACCAGAGAAGCACAGCUUGUGGCUCAGACUCCAGACCACCAUGUGAGGUCCAAGGGCCUCCUUUGCCAGGAAACCUUUUAAGGAGUACAAUCUAUGAAUAAUUCUCUCCACAGUGCCCAUAGGUGGCUUUAGUCCAGCUUUGUGCUGCUCCAUUCACUUGCCAUUUCAGCCUGUGAAUGCCAGCCAGUGAGCAAGCUCUGCUUCAGAGCAGUCAGGCAGAUAGGACAUGGACUCUCUGGCUCCCCAGUGGGGUCCAUUUAACAUUGCCACACUCUUACUUUCUAUGUGCUGUUUGUGUCUAGGAACCUCCAAACUAAUGUUGUUUGGGGGUCUUUGGUGGAAACUCAUGGUAACACCACCAGCCCCAGAUCCAUACUUUCUGAAGGAGUUUGGUUUGUUCCUUGGCAGUAAAUCCCAGUAAGCACCCUGAGAUCUCUCUUUGCCAUGCCUCUGAAGAUAAACCUGGGUCUCAAGGAUCUAAUAAAUCCUGGAAUUUCCCCUGACAUCCAUUCUUCCCUGGUAGAUAAACUAAUAUAUUCAUGUUUGAGAUUGUCUUGAGGGACUGCCCUUCCCCUGGAUUUCCUGUUCUUUCCUCCAUAGCAAGACCCUCCUUCCCUGCUCCAUGCCCAGAGAAUAGAAAGAUCCUCCCCCUCGCAAGCUCUCAACGUGUGGUAGGUCAGGUGCACGCCCCCUGCUCCCCCCCCCUCCCCCGUGUUCCUCUAAUCCUUGGGAGCAGGACCUCCCUCUCUACUCACUCUACCCUUUUCUUCCCACUCAGUAUUGUCUGAAUAAAGUGUGAAUUCUUUUGUGUUUUCUAAAUUGACAUUUUCAAUGAAAAAAAAACAAAAAAGAA